AUGUCGUCGAUCCCCGCGGAGGACGGAUCGACCGCGGCCGCGGCGGGCGUCGCGUCGCUGGACAUCGCCGGCGACGACGCGACGCGCGCGCGCGUCGUCGUCGGCGACGCCGAGGCGGCGGAGAAGUCGUCGUCGCCCGCCGAUGAAGAUCCGAUCGGCGACGCGUCUUCCGAUCCCUCCUCCGCGUCCGCGCGCGACGCCCCCGCGCCCAAGCCGCUGACCGCGGAGCAAAAGGAGAAGAUCUUCGCGCAGGUGGAGUUCUACUUCAGCGACGCGAACCUCCCCACGGACGCGUUCCUCAUGAAGAAGGUCAGGGCUGGCGGCGACGAGGGAUGGGUGCCGCUCGACGUGAUCUGCUCUUUCAACCGAAUGAAGCAGCUCCUGAAGAAACGCCCGCACUCGGUCGUGUGCGACGUCCUCGCGGAGCUCGGAAGCGCGCUCCUCGUCAGCGACGACGCGAAGACCGCCGUGCGCCGCGUCGCGCCGCUGCCGGACGUUGACCUGGAGGAGGUCCAGUCGAGGACGGUGCUCGCGGAAAAUUUCCCGGGAGUAAACGCGGGCGAGGCGCCCACGAUCGAGGCCGUCCGAGAGCUCUUCGCUUCCGCGGGGGAGGUGCUCGUGGUCCGCGUGCGGCACCCGGGGAUGACGCAGCCCGCGGGCGUGGCGGCGGCGAAGUCGAGCGGGUUGGAUUUGAUUCAAACCCCGAACGCGCACGUGCACGCGCUCGUGGAGUUUAAAACCGCCGAGGAGGCGCUUCGCGCGGUGACCACGUUGAACAACGACCGCGAUUGGAGGAACGGGCUGCGCGUCAGGAGUUUGGUGCGACCCGGGGCGAAGAAGAAGAAGGCGCAGAAGGAGAAAGCCGCCGCGGCGAGGGCGGCGGCGGCGGACGACGGCGGGGACGACGGCGGGGGAGAGGGCGACGGCGGCGACGGCGGCGACGGCGGCGAGGACGGCGCGACCGCGGAGGGCGGCGACGCGACCGCGGAGGGCGAGAGCAAGACGAAGAAGAAGAAAAAGUACGGCCGGCAGAAGCGGGACUACUCGCAGUGGGCGUCCGCGGCGGCGUUCAAGGAGAACAAGACCUCCUUCCUCGAGUCGGGCGACGGCGACGCGGGCGGCGGCGGCGGCGGCCGCGAGGGCGAGGGCGAGUCGACCGGCGGCGGCGGCGGCGGCGCGGACGCGGCCGCGCCGCCGAGCGCGCAGCCGACGAUGCCGGACGGCACGAGGGGGUUCACGGGCGCGGGACGCGGGCGUCGCAUGCCCCCCCCGCCGCCGCCGUGA